UGUAGUAAAGCUAGUAUCAUUUAGAAGUUGUUCCUUGGUCAAGCAAUGAGAGUGAGGCCUUGUGGGUAACCAACAAGCCACAAGGACCAUGGGAAAUAAGUUCUGUCCCUUUAACCCCAGACUAACAGGCACCCAGGGUGUGAAAGUUUUAUUAUGGGAGAGGAAACCCUGAUUUAAUGGAAGGCUUGACACCUGGGUCCAAGUUCUGCGCAUUCCGUUAGUGAUGUUAUCUGGCCUUAAUGGCCUGGGAAUGUGCAUCUGCAGAGGCGCCAAGGAAGGGAGGACAACCUUUGAUUGAGGCUCUGGGUUCUUAAUUGGCCCAGCUGCCAGAAGUUAGAUUGAUUAGUCCACAAGCCGGUCAUUGGAGAAUUUAAAAAUAAUCAAGAGUUAUGAUUGGUUUUGGGGGUUCCGACGCCACGUGUGAAUCAGGGUUAAAAGAUCUGGGAAAUGGCUGAGAAAGUGCGCUCUGCAAUCCGCAAAUCGCCCGGCUGCUAAUGUUCCAUCUAAGUAGCUGUCUUUGCAUCCUUUGUGUUGGAGAUCUGCGAAAGCCUUUGAACUGCGGAACCUUGAAAGGACUCUAUCUAUUUCUUUUGUACUUUAGUUGUGAGUAUGCAAGCUAGCUAGAUUUCACAAUGUUUUUAUUUUUCUUGUCUGUAACUUACUAAAGAUGUGCCUGCUAUUUUAGCAUGUUUUCUUAUGUUCUUUUAAAAUAAAUUUUAAUUAAGAAACUGUUUUGGUUUGUGUGCCUUUCCGGGGGGAAAGUCUAAGUCCUAGCCUUACGCUUAGUUACGCUCUACCGUAAAACUUCUGUCUGCAAGUUUGUGGAUUCAACUUGUGGAGUGGGGAUAACCAGUAACAACAGGGUACAGCCUACUCCCUGGGUUGUGACUCUAGGUUCCCCGGAACAGAGGGAGUGGUGGCAGCUCUACCGGUGUGAUUUUGUCCUGCUUCUGUAUAACGUGACGUUGCCUGCCAGCCCUGUUCAAGAAACCUGAUCUGGCCGGUGAGCCAAGACAGGUGAGGGAGGAGCGAGCGGCUGGGGGCAACUUUACUACAUGGUGGCAGCGGUGGGAUCGAACUUCCCUACGGAAAGGCACUUUGAAUUCUUUUAAAUUGGCACGUAUCUUUUGGGAGUUACAGGUAGUUUAUUUUGUGGCUAGAAAUAGUUAGGAGAUGGAUGCCGCGUCGUCGCAGGAAAACACCAUGCAGACAUUAGACCAGUGGGGAUUGGUGGGAGGAAGCAGUUCCCUUCCUGUGGAGACCAAUCCCCCCCAAGCUUUAAGUCCCGGAGCGGAAUCCGCCUCCUGGUUUUCAGAAGACCCUGAUUCAGAGGGGGAGCUGGUGGAUGCCAGCGAGUUAAGUACUGUCCGGAGGGGUCGGCGAGAGUCCUGUAUUGCGGAAAGAGCAAGGGGCACGCCAGUUACCCAACCCCCAUCGCCUCGUGAGGAAGUGGAUGCCUCCACACGUCCGAGGGGGAACUAUCUUGUUUACACAGAGCCUAAAGAGAUGGAUUUCUCAGAAGGUUAUGAUGUGGAGUGGAUGCGAGAUCCGGUGAAUGGUGGAUUCCGUUGCCGAGAGAAACAUCCAAAAAUGGGCCAAUCCAUCCUGAUGGGGCCGAGAGUCAGCCGGAUGGCGUAUGACUACAAAGAUCUGCCGCACCAGCUGCAGGAGGUGACUGUGGGAGACUGCCGCCGAGAAGCGGGCGCGCCCGACGUCCGCCGGAUGGAGAGACAGCGGUCACUCAGUCCGGGUAGAGUCUACUCGCCAGUCAGAGCUCAAGAGGUGUACGUGCCGGUGCGACGGUAUGUGGCAGAGGAAGAGGAGGAGUUUUUUCAGCGACCCAAGCGUGGAUUCGCAACGGCAGCUGAACCGGUACGCCCGGACGGGCCGGCGCUUCAAAACCCUGCGCCGAGGUAUGAACUUGUUCCAGUGAGGGGGGGAAAUCACCGCCAACAGUCCCCUCCAGGACUGUCUUUGAGUACUCUUAAUUGGAGGGUCUUCCCGAAAUAUCAGCCCCCCACUGACGUUCUGAGUUAUCUGACUCUUUUUGAAGUAACUUGCAAGGACAUGGGAGUUGCUCCAACUAUGUAUAUGGCUGUUCUGCGCCCCUAGUUUGUGGUGACCUGGCAGAGCUUAUGGGUCACCUCCCACAUCUGAACUCAAUGACUAUGAAAGUUUCAAAAAGUUAGUCAUGCAGAGGCAUGGAUUGCACCCCGAGAAUUAUCGAAAGGCUUUUCGAAAAGUAGAGAAGUCGGGGCUCAGUGAUAAUAUUGCAGUUUUCUCAGCAAAAAUGGCUCAAAACUUCGAACUGUGGCUUGCCGCUGAAGGGGUGGGGGACUUUGAAGGAUUCAAACAGCUUAUAUUAAUUGAACAACUGAUGCGUUCCCUGCCCUCAGAAAUUGCUAGUCUGGUUGCAGACCAAAAGCCACGAACUCUAACGGAAGCCACCACCUUUGCUGAGUCUUUUAGGCUUAACCGCUCCCAUUGGACCAACAAGGGACCAAGUAAUGUGUGUAAACCAGCAGUUUCAAUGGGGAAGUCUGCUCCCCCCAUUAAGGAACAAAGCAAAGGUUUCCUGACGUCUGCAAAAGACUCUGUUGUAGUAGGGGAGAACGUACCAAAUUGUCCCCAACCUCUGGAUUGUGUUUCUUUUGUAAACAACCGGGGCAUGUAAAAGCAGCUUGCCCCCAGCUGGGUAGCCAAAAGCCUCCUAUUCUCACUUCCACCCCUGCCGUGCACCUGAUUCAGCGGCAGGAAGAGGACUGGGAAGGGGAACAACAAAAAGCCGGAGCUGGGGAAACCCCGAUCCUGGAUGGGAAGGGUGUGGCAGCUCCUGACGUUAUGGCUCCUGGAACAGCUGAAGCCACUUCUAAUGCUGUUAUAGUGGGACCUGUGGGUACCAGUGCUGAUCCAAAUGCGCCGCAUGUGAAGUGGGCUAUUUCGAAGUUUACAGCGCCCAUUGAAGUCAACGGGAUUGCUGUGAACUCUUUCAGAGACACAGGGUCAGAUAUUACCAGUGUGUCCCGUGAUUUGGUUAUGCCUAUACAAAUGCAGGAUAAACCCAUGAAAAUUAGUCCCUAUGGGGUGAAAGAGAUUUUUCAACCUACUGCUAUUAUUCCAAUUUCGUAUAUGGGUUUUCAAGGAAAAAUGUUAGUUAUAGUGCAUGACCCGAAGAUGUGUAAAAGUCCUGUCCUGGUUGGUAAUGAUUUGGGAUACCGGGUUCACCAGCAACAACAUACAGUCAACAUUUGUUCCAUUAAGGUUUCACCCACCCAGGUACAGGGGAUGGAGAACUGGGGAACAACACCUCAAGGUUUGAGGGCUGAGGAGAAUCUUGUCCCGGAUGGGGAAGGUGGAAGUCUAGCGCCUGAUGCUAUAACUCCCGAAACUACUGGGACUGUUGAGACUGCAGUAUCUGAGAAAUUGGUUGGGAGGAGGGUUGGCUUAAUACGCACUGCCACUCCCUGUGUUAAUUGGCCCUGCUCAGCGUCUGACGUAAUCCCCAGGGUUCAUCGAGUUGUUGUGCCUUCUUUUCAAAGUAUGGACUCUGUUACCGGGACUUUACCAAAAGACUCAGUUUUGUCCCAAUGGAACCAGCCUGACUUCCAGAAGAGUAAUUCUGGUGGGGAAAUUUAAUUCCCCAACCUGCAACUGCUGAUGUGCUUACCUCCAAGGAUUGUAUGGGGGAUCCUUUUGUUCCAGUUCUUGAACCCCAAGUUAGUGCAAAUUUCAUUGUGGGUAAAUGCUUUGAAAUCUGCAGUUCCGUUGCAGCAGCUUGCAGCAAACCUAGUAGCAGAGACUGUGAACUAUGCAAGCGGUCCCUAUCAACCAAAAGCUGAGAGGCAAGCAGAAGGAGGGGGGUCAGCCCAGCCCAGUCAAGCCGCUGUAGGAAGUUUUGAGUUUUUUGGUCAUUCUCUCCUAGGUUGCCGGGAAGCUGCAGAAACUCCCCUGGUGAGAUUGAAUUUAUCUCUGUUGGGGCUGACAAAGAAUUUCUUUACCCACAGCUCAAGGACUUUAAAGACCCUGAUGAUGUGUUUAUUGCUUUUCAAAAGAUGUUUUAUGAUGCAAAUGUUUGUGUAAAGAAGAAAUUGAAUUUGGUGGGUCUUUUACAGAAUUUCAGUCCUAGGAAACAGGAUGAUGAUGUUAUGAGCAAAAAUGUUUUCAGGUUUGCUUGGAAUUCCAUGUUGCCCAAUCCCUGUGUUCAAAAUCUGUUGGGAGUUUUGGUUGAAAUCUACUCAAGGAAUUCAGAGUUUGUGUUGGGUUUUGGCAAACCCCUAGAAGAUUCUUUGGGUAUGCUCAGAGGAAAAUGGGAGGGAUUGGAAGAAGUUAAGUUGAUUCUUUCUGAUUUGUGGCCAAAACACCUUAAGCAUGUGCAGAGUGUCUUGGCUCGAGUGCAAGAUCCAAACCUGACCAGAAAGAAACAUAAAUGUCAGUUUGCUCAAGGAGAAGUGAUUCCCUUGGAAUUCAGGGUGGGGUCAGGAAACGUCAAAUCUCUAGAGGCCAAGGUGCAAUACAUUCAAGAUUGGCCCCGCCCCGUGGUGGAACAAGAUGUGCAGUCGUUCAUAGGGUUGGUAAAUUAUUAUAGGAAGGGUGUCAAUCAUUUUGCCACAUUAGCUGCUCCUCUUACCAACCGUUGUAAGAAAUCUUUGCCAGUGAAAGUAGAUUGGACUGAAGAGUGUCAACGGGCUUUUGAUCUGUUAAAACAUGCCCUUGUGAGUUCCCAGGUUAUGUUGGCCCCAGAUCAGAGACGUCCGUUUGUGGUACAAACUGAUGCCAGUCAGACCGGGCUGGGAGCAGUUUUGCUCCAAGAAGAUCAAGAGGGAAAUUGGCGUCCCGUGGUUUACCUGAGUAAAAACUGAUAACCCGGGAGCAAAAUUAUUCAGCCAUUGAGAAAGAGUGUUUUGCUUUGGUCUGGGCUCUGACCAAACUGCGUUCUUAUCUGUGGGGCAACAUCUUUGAAGUUCAAACGGAUCACUCCCCACUUUGUUGGCUGGAGAGAGUAAAGGCAUCCAACCAGAAAUUGCUUCGGUGGAGUCUAGCCUUACAGGACUUCCAGUUUAACGUCACACAUAUUGCUGGGAAGGACAAUGUGGUUGCUGAUACCUUGUCUAGGAUGUAUCAAUCUGUUAAAUGAAGUAUUAAGGUGUAUUUUGCCUGAAUUCUCAGCUGAAGAAAAAAAAAACUAUUGGUGAUUAUUGUCUUGCAACUGUGUAAAUAUCAGACUGGGGGAUGGUGCUAAUGAUUUUGGGAGCUGCUGCCCCCCCAGACUGGUCCAACUACCUCAAUGUAUAUAUUUUGUUGGAUGAAAUUGCGGGACUUAACCCUGUAAUUUCAUCUUAGGGGGGGAGGGUGUAGUAAAGCUAGUAUCAUUUAGAAGCUGUUCCUUGGUCAAGCAAUGAGAGUGAGGCCUUGUGGGUAACCAACAAGCCACAAGGACCAUGGGAAAUAAGUUCUGUCCCUUUAACCCCAGACUAACAGGCACCCAGGGUGUGAAAGUUUUAUUAUGGGAGAGGAAACCCCUGAUUUAAUGGAAGGCUUGACACCUGGGUCCAAGUUCUGCGCAUUCCGUUAGUGAUGUUAUCUGGCCUUAAUGGCCUGGGAAUGUGCAUCUGCAGAGGCGCCAAGGAAGGGAGGACAACCUUUGAUUGAGGCUCUGGGUUCUUAAUUGGCCCAGCUGCCAGAAGUUAGAUUGAUUAGUCCACAAGCCGGUCAUUGGAGAAUUUAAAAAUAAUCAAGAGUUAUGAUUGGUUUUGGGGGUUCCGACGCCACGUGUGAAUCAGGGUUAAAAGAUCUGGGAAAUGGCUGAGAAAGUGCGCUCUGCAAUCCGCAAAUCGCCCGGCUGCUAAUGUUCCAUCUAAGUAGCUGUCUUUGCAUCCUUUGUGUUGGAGAUCUGCGAAAGCCUUUGAACUGCGGAACCUUGAAAGGACUCUAUCUAUUUCUUUUGUACUUUAGUUGUGAGUAUGCAAGCUAGCUAGAUUUCACAAUGUUUUUAUUUUUCUUGUCUGUAACUUACUAAAGAUGUGCCUGCUAUUUUAGCAUGUUUUCUUAUGUUCUUUUAAAAUAAAUUUUAAUUAAGAAACUGUUUUGGUUUGUGUGCCUUUCCGGGGGGAAAGUCUAAGUCCUAGCCUUACGCUUAGUUACGCUCUACCGUAAAACUUCUGUCUGCAAGUUUGUGGAUUCAACUUGUGGAGUGGGGAUAACCAGUAACAACAGGGUACAGCCUACUCCCUGGGUUGUGACUCUAGGUUUCCCGGAACAGAGGGAGUGGUGGCAGCUCUACCGGUGUGAUUUUGUCCUGCUUCUGUAUAACGUAACGUUGCCUGCCAGCCCUGUUCAAGAAACCUGAUCUGGCCGGUGAGCCAAGACAGGUGAGGGAGGAGCGAGCGGCUGGGGGCAACUUUACUACAA